AUGAAUUCUAAUAAAAAUGUUAUUAAAGUAUAUAGGUAUUAUAGGAGUAAUGACCACAAAAAAGUUUUAAAGUAUGAUAUUCAUCCAUUUAAAGAUGUUAAAAUGGCUGUUUUAAACUAUUUUGUUAAAAAACAAAUUAUUCAUAAAAAAACACACACUAAGCGCAACCGCAAAUGUAAUAUUUUUUUCUUUAAUUUAAUUAAUUACAGAAAAUAUAAAAAAGGAAUCAUAUUGAUACUUUUAGCUUAUUUUCAAAUGAUAUACGAUAUAAUUUUAUUUUUAAUUAAAAUAUACAUUUCUAUUUAUAUAUGUUAUAUAUAUAAUUUUAAAAAGUUAUGGUUUUUGUUAUUAUGUAAUUGUUCUGGUUAUGUAUUCAAGAAAUAUAAAUAUUAUAUUUUAAAUAAAGUAAGUAGAAAAGGUAAAAAUAUAUAUGUAGAAAUAAAGAAAGGAGAAGAAAAAGACAAAAAAAUAUUAUCAAUUAUCAAUUCAAAUAAAGUAGCAAAAAAUUGUUACAUGUACUACUACGAUAUUGAUAAUAAUAAGUCUGUAAAGCUAUUUAAAAGAAAUAGCUGUAUUUAUUGUGUUUUAAGUAAAUUUAAUAUUGAUAUAUUUUUUUGUUUCAAGGGGAAAUCUUUUUUUUCCUUAAUAAUAAAGGAUGAAAUUACAAAGAGUAAGAAAACAUUCCGAUGUAGUAUGUGCCGCAAAAAUUAUAAUAGUAAUAAUAAUAGUCUUUUGAAUAAUAGUCAUGAGAAUAUGACUAACUGCAAUACAUGCUAUAGUAAUAAUCGUCCUAGUUACAUUGGAAAAGUAACAUAUGUUUGCGUAAAAAUUAAAAAUAAAGAAAUUCAACUAACAUCUUUUCAUGUACGCAGAAAAUGGAAUUACAGAAAAGCUGUAAAAGGCACAUUUAAAAAAAAUGUAUAUAAUGUAAUAAUAUAUUGUAAAAAUGCGCAUAAUUAUUUUAAGAGAAGAAAUAUAAUUAAUUACAGUAGAAUAUGUUUUAGUAAUAUAAUUAAAAAUUUAAUAAAUAUAGACGUGCAAGAAGUUAACUAUUAUCAUCUUCUUUGUUAUAGAAUGUAUGAUGUUAAUGAAGCAGAUGAUAGUGGUUUAUGCAAUACGUGUAAUAUUUCACAUAAAAAUACUUUAUCAGAAGUGAGAGUAAGGGAAAAUGUUUUUAUUGACAAAAUAGAAGAGAUAAUUAAGAAACCACUGAAUUUUUUUUUAAUGAAAAUUAUAAAAGAUUUUAAUAAAAACACAUAUUCAAUAAUUCUUACAAAGGAACUUCAUAAUGUAAAUGAAUCAACGUUAAUAAUAUGUUUUAAUAUUUUUAAAGUAAUAAUUAUUCAAAAGUUAAUUAAAGUUAAUAUUGUUAUAUACUACAUAAAAUUUAUAAUAAAUAGGGCGUUAAAAUAUAAUAUGAAAAAAAAAAAGGAAUUAAAGAUGAUAAGAAAUUUGUGUUAUAAUUCGUUACGUAGUAAGGAAUUUUAUAUUGUAAUAAAAUAUGGUACAAUUAUAAAUAUAUUAAAAGAAUAUUUUAUAAAUUUCUUUUUUAUAUUUCUGAUUAAUAAUUUACUUUUUUCCGUUAUAUUGUUAAUAUAUAAAUUUAAUUACUUAAUUUACUAUGUCCUUUUGAAUAAACAAUAUUUUCAAAAAUCACAAAAAAAUUACUCCUGUUCAAUUAUAAAAACAAGGAGAAAUUCUAUGUGUAUUUUUGAGUUGUUAUUUAUUUAUAAUAUUGAGUUAAAUGUAAAAAAAGUUAAUGAAAAAACAUAUAUAUCAUCCGCAGCAGAAAGGGAAGAACUGGAAAUGGGUGAAAAUGUGCACAAUUUAAGGAAAAGCCAAAACGAAAAUUUGGAAAUUAAUUUAAAAUAUUGUAAAAUAAUGAAUGUAAAUAUGAUAAUGAGUUUUCAUAUGAAUAUGAAUUUAAAAAGUGUUCAUAAUAAAUUAAGAAAGGAUGGAAAAUAUAGAAGAAAGAAAAAAAAAAAAAAACGUUUGAACAGGAUUACGAACAUUGAGAGGAACUUAAGAAAAAUAAAGAAACUCUCCCCAUUAUCAGAAGAUUGUUUUAAUUAUGCAUACUUUAAGAAUUUAAUGAGGAAAAAAAAUAGUCUUUAUAUUUUUGUGUUAAACUGUUUUAAAAAUAUUCUUUUGAAAUAUAAACACAUGAAGGUGCUACACCUUAAAUUGGGGUGGCGGAAAUGUGGAAGUGAUGUUAAGAAUCCCAUGAACAUUUUCUUUGAGAAAACAUACUCUAGUAAAUGUAGCAAUCGCAGUAGUCGUAUUAAUUGUAACAACUGUAGCUACCAUAGCAAUCGUAGUAAUCACAGCAAUCGUAGCAGUUGUAGUAAUCAUAGCAACCGUAUUGAUCAUAGCAAUUGCAGCAAUGAAGAUAACAAUGGUAACAACAUAAGAGAUAGCAACAACAGUAGUAACAGAGACAGCGGUAGCAAUAACAGCAAGGGUACGAACAACAAUAGCAGUAGCAAUACAAAUAGCAAUGGUAAUACCAAUGCCAACAGUAACAAUGCAAGUGGCAGUAACUACAGGGGAGGUAGUAACCAGUGCAAAGGGGAUAACGGUAAGAAUAGUAAUAAUGGGGAUGAUGACAAUGAAGAGGGUGAUGAGGAGAAUAAUAAGAAGAAGAAAAACAGAGAUGAAAUGGAUGAAAAAAACAACGAAGAUGCUAAUAACAGCAGCAAAAAAAAUAGUAACAAUAACAACAACAAUGAAAAUGACAAUAAUGUGAAGGAAAAUAAAAACGAAUAUGGGCUUCAAAAUAAACAGGAUAAUGAACAUCAAAAUAAAAACGAAAGUGCACAUCAAAAUAAACGCUCAAAUGAAAACAUCAACUUAGUGGAUAAAAAAAAGAAAAACGAAAAAAGUAAGAGCACAGAAAACAAAGGUAAAGGGGAAAACCCAAAUGGUGAUAUAAGCCAAGUAAUUUUAGGAAAAGAAGAUAUUCCUUCAGUUAAUAAUAAUUCUUCCCUAUUAAUAACUGAAAAAAAGGAAACGAGUAAAAGAAAAAAAGAAAAAAAGAUAGGGAAAAAAAAUUGUUAUCAAGAAAAAAAUGAUAAAUACUCAUUGAAUCUUCUUAUUGCAGAAAAUGCAUACAAAAUUAUAAAAAAUGGAAGAACAUACAAACAGCAAGAGCCACUUCAUAAUUUUCAAACACAUAAUAAUUUUAUGUUGAAAGAAAUGGUAUGGAUGAGUAUAGAUUAUUAUGAAGAAAAAAGAUGGAAAAGAAAUGUUUCCAAAAGAUUUAGUUACCUGAUGAAUAAUCAUUUUGAAGAAAGGAAAAAAAAAGAUAAAUAUUUUAUAUCGUCUCAAAUAUCAAAUGAUAUUAAAAUGUUUUGGUUUUUUAUAUUAAAUGAAAUUAGACCUGAUUUAGUUCCAAUAGAUCUAGAUCAUAAAAUUAAAAACAAGCAUGUUUUAAAGAAAGAUUUCUUUAAAUCAAUUAAAAAAAAUUUACAAAUAGAAGAAAAUAAUUUUCAAGUUGAUAGGAAUAAUAUCUCGUUAAAUAAGCAGUGCACCACAAAUGUAAAUCAAUUUUUAACGAAUAGCGAUGCAUCGGACAGAAGGGGAAAAAAGUACCAAACGGACCAAACAGGAGAAAACUCCAAGCGUAAUUCUGAUACGCUUUCUAAAGAUUCUAACCCAAGUAGUAUAUUCGACAUUGCUUGCAACAUGCUCACAUUUAAUUUUAUGAAUAAGAAGAAAGAUGAUCAGAGUUGUAACGAUCUUAAUCUUACUACAAAUAGGAAUAACAAAAGUGGUAGUAUGUACAAUUCACCAAAUAGUACAAACAUUGAUACGAAUGGAGAUUCUUUGAACAUUCGGAAGAAUAACGAUAGUAAUAAUGGUAAUGAUAUGAGUGAUAUUAAUGAAAGUGCUAAUGGUGACUAUAAUAAUGAUAGUAGUAAUUGCAGUGGUGGAAAUAGUGGUAAUAAUUACGUACAUGCUUUGGAUGAAAAAUUCAUAGCUGCCUUUGAAAAUUAUGAACAGCGUUUUAUGAAUAUUGAGGAAAAUGUAAAUAAGGAACUACUAUAUAAACAUGAAUAUAGUAUUAAUAAAAGAGGGUUUAAGAGUUCCGAAAAUUUUAACAUUGAUGAACAUAUGAAACAAAAUACUCUUCAUUACAAUGAAGAAUAUAAUUAUUACUACGCAGAUUGGAAUAACUAUCUACAUAUAAGUAAUCACUUGUUUAUUUAUUGUUUACUUUUUAUGAGUAUUUCUCUCAUUGAAGUUAAUGAAAAUAUUUUUUAUCAAAAUGAUCACAUUUUAAAUGAUAGUGAAGUAGAGCACCCAAAUGAAGGGAAUGAUUAUUUAACCCUAACAGGAAACCGUUCGAAUUUGAUGAUAAGAGAUAAUGAUAUGAAACAAGAAUGUUAUCACCCAAAGCAUAGCAAGAAAAAGAAAAAGGAAAAAAAAGAGUAUAAUGCUGCUGGUGAGUAUGAACAAGGGGAAGUAGAAGAAGCACAAGGUGAACAGGAUGACGAAGAGGAACAAGAAGAACAAGAACAGAUGGAAGGGCGUGAAGAACUGAAAGAACAGAAGGAUGAAGAAGAGGAAGAAGAAGAAGAAGAAGAAGAGGAAGAGGAAGAGAUCGAACCAAAAGAAGGGCACAGAGGAGAACAAACGAAGGAAGGUCAACUACUUAAACUAAAAAUAGUAGAUAAGGAAAUCAAGAGCGAAGCGGAUGAAUUUGACGAGGAGGUAUAUAAAGAAUACAAACAAUAUGAAAACAAAUAUCAAAAAAUAUACCAAGUUGAUGUUAAUGAUAAUAGGGAUAAUGAUAAUCUAAGAAAUAACUAUAGCUUCCAUAAUAGCAAGAAUUAUAUGGAUUAUUAUGAAAAUAUGAAACAUUCAGACAAUAACGUUUUGAGACUUCCUCCUUUAAACAAUGGAAAUGUUAAAGAGUUAAUUGUGAUACCUUAUUCCUCUGUUGAUAAUAUAAUAAACAAAGAAACGUAUGUAUUAGGAGGGGAAAAAAAUAUAAAUGAAUAUGUUAACGAAAUAAAACAAAAGAAUGUAAACUUUUUUAUGAACCAUAUGGAAUUGUAUGGAGGGCAAAUAUAUCCUUUCGAAUUUGGAUAUAUUGAUGAUUUUUAUAAUGAUAUUCGUUUGCCUUUAAUGAAUUUAUCAGAAUACGAUGAAUUCACUUUUUUUUUAUAUUUAUUUUAUAUAAAAAAUUCUCCGCAUAUAUUAAAAAAGCAAAUGAAAAAAGAAAAAAAAAAACGCAAAAAAGACUUUCCAGAUAUAACAUCAGCAAAGAAAAGAACACCCAGGCGUAAAUUGAACAAAGUAGAAAACGAAAAGGAUAUAGAAAUUAUUGAGGAAUAUGAAAAAGUAUCAGCAAAUGAACGUAUUUUAAUGAAUGUAGAAGAAGAAAUUAUUUCACAACAGGAAAUAAAUUGCGUAGAAGAAGAAAAGCAGGUUAUGCCCUAUAAACAAGAAGAGAAGGAAAAUGGUUAUGUAAAUAAAAUUACACAAAAAGAUGAUGUACAACUGUCAAAGGAGAAUACUCUUUUUGUUGAGGAGCACGUUGAAGAGAAUUUGAAGGAGUGGAACGAAAAGAGGGAAGAGUGGGCCAUGGACGAAAUUAUUUUUCUUCUCAUUUUGACCAAGACAUAUAUGAAGUACAUAAAUAUUGAAGAAGUCAAAAAGGGGGGGGAAAUGGAGGAAGCGCAAAAUGUGGUUGAAGUGGUAAAAAAGAAAAACAUUGACAAUAAGAACUUCAUUACAAUGAUCUGCUCAGAAGAGGAAAAAAAAAUUGAAAAAAAUUUACCAAGUGACAAUUCAACGGGUAAUAAUAUAAUAUCAAUGAGUAGUAUAUUGGAUGAACGAAAGGUGGAUGAAGAUGAGCACAGAAAUCAUUUACAUAAAUGUAAUGGCAUGAGAAACGAGAAAAUCAAUGUUAAUGAAGGAAUAUAUGUUGAAAUGGAAGAACAUAGGAGUAUUGAGAUGAACAGUGUGAACAACUCAGUUGUGUUUACCCCUGAUAAUAACGAAAUAGAUAAUGGUAUUGAAAUUUUCGAGAAUAAAAAUUUUGAGGAAAAAAUCAAAAUGAUUGUCGGUGACACAUUUAAAAAUAUUAAUUAUGUUAAUAAUGAUAAUUAUGAUAAUUAUCAUAAUUAUCAUUAUUAUGGUAAUUUUGGUAAUUAUAUAUAUCUUAUAAAUUGGGAUAUUAUAUCAUUAGCAUUAGCAUCUUAUAAUAAAUUAAAUCACAUUUAUGAAAUAAACAGAAGCGCAAAUGAGUGUAAGGAUAAAUUUUUAUCCAUCAUAAAAGGAAUUUCAUAUGAGAAUAUGAAAUCAUUAAAUAUGCAUGCUGAGCACUACUUAAGUAACAAAAAAAUGCGUAAAAAACCAUUGAAAAAAUUAAAAUUUCUACCCAUAUUUUCGUCAACAAGCACCACUAUAUUAUUAGACUCUUUUAAUAAAUACAUGAAUGAAAAAAUUGAGGGGUAUAAGAUAAGGGAAAGAAGUUGUAAUAGUGAAUCAGUUAGGAAUUCUGAUAAUUUUACAGUUGAUGAACAAGUUGAGCAAUAUGAAAAAGAGAAUGAAAAAAUAAGAGCACUGAAGCAACGAAAACAGGGAGAUGAUGUAUCUAACAUAAGGGAGAAAAGUAGGGACAAUAAUGAUGUUCUACCAGAUCAAAAGAAAAGAAGAGAGUUGUUAGGUGCGUUAUAUAACGACUUAUUAGAAGGAAACAAUACAAUAAAUUUUAUGUCGAGUAUGAAUAAUAAAAAUAGUAGCAGUUACAACGAACGGAAUAGUAGUAUUAACGCAGUGAAUGAAAUGAAGGAAGAAUUGAAUGAUCCAUAUUUGCAUAAAAAUAGUAAUGUACUUAUAAAUUUAUAUAAAAAUGAAAGUUAUGUUAAUAAUUUAUUUCCGGAUUUUUCCGAAAAUACUAACGAAUCUUCAGAAGGAGAUUUGGAUUGUGGAAAAGAUAGCUUUUUUAGUUAUAGUGACAUAGAAAAAUUAACAUUAAAAUUAAAUGAUUUGACAUGUAUAAAAUCUGAAUGCUUUAAAGAAGGGUUUAAAAGUGCAAAGGAAAGAGGGAAAAUGGUAAUUGGAGUUAAUGCGCAUAUGAAAGAUGAAAGCGGAAGUAGUGAUAUGCAAAGAGGAGUAGAAAAUGAUAAGACAAAUGAGGGUUAUAAGCAAUAUAGAGAGGAUGAGCGAAUGAAACUGCGAGAGAAUGUAGAAGGGGCAGUAUGUGAUGGUAAAAGGGAAGACAAAAGUGACUCAUCAGAAAAAGAGAUGCAAGAGGAACAAGAGGAUCGUAUGAAUUAUCUUCAAAAAGGAAAGGAAAAGCAGCAAUUGCAAGAAAACCAAGCAAAUAAUACGGAUGAAAAUAUGAAAGGGCAAUACGGUGGAAGUGAAAAUAAGGUAGGGAAUACGUACACAGAAUAUAAUUUAGAAAUAAAAGAAAAAAAAGUAGUAGAAGCGGUUGGAGGGGUGGAAGCAGUGGAAAGGAAAGGUGGAACAAGAAUAAGGGGUAAACACGAUUGUGCAUUGUUUGACGAAGCGAAUAGUAAGGAUGACUUAGGUACGUUGCACUUAUCUUGCAAUUCAAACGUUGUAUCAGGUGAAAUGAUAAAGGAUAAAGAGAAGAAUGAAAAAAAUUUACAAAAUGAUAAGUUAAACGGUUGGAAUAGUUUAAAAAGGUGGCUGUGUUCUAUAUGCAAAGAUAAAAGAAAUGUUAAUGAAUUUAUAUCAUUACUAAAAAAUAAAUAUAUUGUAAAAAACAAAAAUUUUUAUAAGAUCAUUCAGAAUUUUUUAAAUAAAAUAAAGCCUAUUGUAGGAUAUUAUAAUAGUUUGUUAGACGCACUAAAUGGUGAACUUAAUUAUAAAUUACCGAAUAAUGAAUACGUCAAUGACAUAUGUACAGAAAAAAUAGAUAAAGAAUUUGUUAAAUUUAUUAAAAAAAUAAUUGAAUAUGAUAAAAAAAGAAAAAAGAAAAAUGUAGAGAAAAUAAAUAGUAUAUCCUAUAACAGAUUUUAUAAUCAUAAUGAUUUUUUUAUAUAUUCACCAAAUGAAUCAUAUAAUACUGUAAAUGAAUUUGCACAACAGAUAUUGAACUAUGUUCCUUAUGUUGAUGACAAAAAGAAAAAUAAUAUUAAAAAUAUGAGAAAACGAUUUGAAUGUAAAAAUUUAAUAUCGCAAAUUUUAUUAGCUGAUUAUAUUUUAGAUAAAUUAAAAAAUUUUCCUAUGGAUAAUUCUUUAGUAACUGCUACAAAUAACAAAGUAGUUGAUAAACAACUUUUAGAUACACGUUUAGAAGCGUAUACACAAUGCAUCAAUGAUAAUUUUAAUGAAAACGAUGAUAUAUUUAAAACGGAAAAUAUAUAUACAGAUAUGGUUGUAGAGCAAAAGGAAGAAUCAUUAUAUAAGGAAAAUUUACAUAAUUGUGACAUAACAAUAGACGAAAACAGGGAUAAAAGUGUAUCUCGUGAUAAAAUUAUUGAUAAGAAAGAGAUUGAGGGACCCACUCCUCCUGACCAGAAGGAUUUACCGAUGAGCAUUUAUAGAGAAAUGAAGAAAGUGGAAGAUGAAGUGUAUGGCAAGAUUUCCACACAACAUACAAGUAAUAAGGAGAUAAGUGAAAUAUGGCAUAUUAGUAAACCCGACAAUAGUGUUAACACUAGUGUUAACGAUAAUAGUAACAGCGAUGUACCUAACAAAAGUAGUAAGAACAAUGAUAAUACUAAGGUAGUCUUAUGUGAUGUCAAUUUCACCGAUUUAACAGGAAACUCCAUGAACAAAGAUGGACAUAAGGACAUUAGCAAUGACUUAAGCAAUAAGAAUAACAAUAACGUCUGCAGUGAGGUCAGUAACCAUAUUAUUAAUGAUAAUUGUAACGUUAAUGGUAAUAUCAAUGGUAGCAGCAGUGGUAACAAUAAUAAUGAUGAUAAAGCCAAUUUAUCUGUCUGUGCGGAGCAAGCCAAAAAGAGUGAAGAAUUUUUAGAAAAAGAAUGUAAUGUUUUUAGAAUUGAAUCGGAAAAUACAGUUGAUCAAGGAACCACUGCACAUGUGUCUAAUAAUGGUCUUACACCAUAUAAGUUAAAUGAAGAAGAACAUAAAUUUGAAAAAUAUAUAGAUUCAUCUCUCAAUCAGAGCAAUAAUCUUAACAGCCAAAUUAAUGGUAAAAGUGACAAUAUUAGUAAUAAUAUCAAUAAUAUCAAUAAUAUCAGUAAUAUUAAUAAUAUUAAUAAUAGUAGCAUUAAUAAUAAUAGUAGUGAUAUUAAUAAUAAAUGCAAUAGUAAUAAUAGCGGUAGUAAUAGGAGUAAGAAUAACAGCACGAAUUUGUCCAGAAUUAAAGAGGAAACUCAGAAAACAAAGAAGACAUCAGCAAAGUCAAAGAGAUCAUCUAUGUCACUAAUUAAAUCUUAUAAGGGAAGUAUAAAUGAAUCGUUCAAUUUUGAUAAACAUUUAAAAAAAAACACGAAAACAGAACUGCUACUUAGUAGUAGACAGAAAUCACUACCAAUUAGAAACACACAGAAAGCAAAUAAAACAACGAAAUAUAAAACAUCAAUAAGUGUAUCUAAUUUUUCACAAGAUAAAUUGAAGAACAAUAGCAUAUUAAAUUAUGUACAGAAUGGCAAAGCUUAUUUGUCAAGUAAAGCACAAGCGAAAGCUCAAAUGAUGAUGAAUAAAAAUAACACAAUUAAUAAUAUAUCUCUUAUUCAACAAGGGCCAUGUUCUCAAGGAGACGCACGUAUACAAAAAAACAAUCCACUAGUAGACGAGAAAAUGGUAAAUGCGCAUAAUAGCAGCAGCAAAAAUAAUUACAAUUAUGAUCAUAGUAGUAUAAACAUUAAGAGUAACGGUAGUAGUAACAAUCGCAAUAACAGUAGCAGUAACAGUUGCACUAAUAAUAAUGAUACAUUAAAUGGUCAGAAUCCCAUCAGUGUUUCAAAUGAUCACCAAUUUGUAAAUAAUGGUAAGUCAAAUUUCCCAAAUAAAAAACAGAAGUUGUUAGGUAAUAUAUAUAAUAGUACUUCGAGCAAAAAUUCAUCAAGUGAAAAUAUAAACAAAAAUAUAAUAAAUCAAUAUGGAACCCCAAUUAAAAACAUUCAAGACUACUGUAAUAUGAACCAGUCGCCUCGAAAUUUGCAUAAAUGUUUAUCUAACACAGAAAGUAUACAUUCAAAUGCUUCGGCAAUAUUACAGCAACAGGUGCAAAUGUCGGGAGAUUCUCAAUUUAUUAGUAGGACAGAUACCAUGUUUAAUGUGAAUGCAACUAAGCCGUCGGGUAACCUACCUUCAAGUACUUUCAUCAACAAUAACGACAGUAACGGUAAUAACAACAUCAGUAACUGUAAUAAUAAUGUGUACAUUUUUUCGAGGCAAGGUAACGAAGAUGGUAAAACCAUUACCCCAAUACAUGCUUUUUCACAGAACAGUAAGCACAUUCCUAUAAAUGCUAGUAACAACCAAGUGCUUUGUAACAAAUCGAUAUUGUACGAAAGUGCAGAAUUAGCUACGAAGCAAAUGGCUGCAAGUAACGCAUUAAAUAACUCUAAUUCAAGACAGAUGGAAAUAUUAUUGAAUAAUACAACAAAAAAAAUACCAUAUUCGUUCAAUAAUAAUAAUUUAAUUGUCGAAAAGAAAAUGUAUUCUAUGUGUAUGGAAAAUCAAGUAAAGGAAUCAGAAGUAUGUGCAGCAUCAGAAGCGUCAGUGCCAUCAGUAAUUUCAGUAGUAUCGUUAUCAUCAUCACCAUCAUCAGGAGUUACAGGAGCAGCAGGUUCAACAAUCUUAACAUCAAUGCACAAAAUGAAUGAUGAGCUACUCAUGGUAAAACCUGCAUCAGAUAAAAACUAUCUGUUGUCCAAUUCCCUUAAUUCGCAAGUAAUGCAAGAGAGCGAUAACCAAUUAAGGAUUUAUCAUGAUCAACAUAUAAUGAAUAAUCCAGAUAUAAUAAAUAACGAACAAAAGAGUUUUAUGGAUGUAAUGAACAAAAACGUUCCUAAUUAUAAUUAUGGAGUACCAAAAUAUAUUAGCAGUAAUAUGCAAAACUUUAAUUCGAUUAAUAAUGAAAAUAGAUCAAAUAUGCUGCAAAAUUAUAAUCAACCAAAUUAUGCAAAUGUGAAUAAUAAUUGUAUUCCCUCCAAUGGAUUACAAAGUCAACAUGUGCAAUCCUCAAAUAAUUCUAAAAAGGUUUUACAUUAUCCUACUCACCCCAUUUCAAAUCUUGUAAAUAUGAACAGCACAAACAUAGAUAAUAAAUUAGAGAACGCGUCAUCACCUGAUGAUCCAUUCAUUAAAAAGAUGAAAUGUACCAAUCAGAACAGUGGAAAAAACGAUAUGAACGAUGAAAAGAGAAGCAUAUUGUCUAUAUUAAAAAACGCUUCAGACAAAUCAAACCUAUUCCAAAACAUGCUUCAGACGAAGCAGCCAAGUGAUGUGGAUGCUAUUACUCCGGACAGUAACAAAGUACAGCAAAAUUAUGCACUUAGUAUUAAUAGCAGUAGCAACAUUAAUAGUAACAGCAAUAGUAACAUUAAUAGUAACAACAAUAGUAACAUUAAUAGUAACAAUAACAAUAACAGUAGUAGUAGUAACAACAAUAGCAGUUGUAGUAACAACAACAUUAAUAUUAGUAAAAGCAGUUAUGUUGAUAAUAAUGUCUAUUCAAAUAUGCCAUCAGUUUUAUCCAACUCAUUACAGCAAUCACAUGUGCAUAUUAAUGAUCAAAAAAAUAAUUAUAUUUACAGUGCUUACGAAAGAGAUUCAAAUAACCAAAUACCCUUUAACACACAAGGAAAUAACUUACAAGGAAUAAAUCAGCAGAAUGUUAAUAUAAACAAUAUUAACAAUAUUAAUAAUACAAAUAAUACAAAUAAUAUUAAUAAUACAAAUAAUCAAAACAUGAAACAUAAUAAUGAAAAUUUGCAAAACAGAAAACCGGGAAAUUCAAAUUCGUACGUCAAUCAAAUGAAUUUUAUUCUUCAAGUGUUGAAUCAGUUUAAUGUGAACUCAAAGAAUAACAUUCCUGCAAACGUGAAUCCACAAAAUGUAAGUAAAGCUAUUAUGGAGCAAAGCUGUUUGAAUCAGUCAAAUAUAAACCAGCCGAACAUAAACCAAUUUAGCACCAACCAGCCGUACGCCAACCAUUCUAAUAUGAAUCAGUCGAACAUCAACCAUUCUAAUAUGAACCAAUUGAAUAUCAGCCAUUCUAAUAUGAACCAACCGAACCUAAACCAACCAAAUUUAAGUGCACCAUUUUUUAAUCAACCUACUAGUUCAGUGCAGAAUGCCAAUAAGAAUAUGGGUAUAUCCCCAUUUCAUUCACCAACCUUAAAAGGAAAAAAUGUAAAGUCAUCUUUUAAUGAUAAUAAUGUAAAUAAUUCUAAUAUGGUAAAUAUGGGUUUAAAGAGUAGCCUAACCAAGAAUAUAAUACAGAAGGUACCGCAGAAAAAUGUUUUUUCUCCGCAAGAUAUGAUUCAACAGAAAUUAAUUUUGCAGCAGCAGCAGCAACAACAACAACAACAACAGCAACAGCAACAACAACAACAGCAACAGCAACAACAACAACAGCAGCAGCAACAACAACAACAACAACAACAUUAUCAACAACAACAGCAACAACAUUAUCAUCAACAAUUAUUGCAACAAAAAUUACAGCAAGAAUUAUUUCAAAAGGCUUAUAAUGACAAGGAAAAUCAACCAAGCUCCCAUUCACCAUAUCAGGAAAUAUAUAAUCAGUGUACACCAGAAAAUCAAAUGCAUAAUGAUCAAAUACGACAGCAAAAAAUGUUGCAAAAAAUUCAACAAGAGCAAAUACAAAAACAGUUGCAACAACUGCAUUCACAGCAACUGCACCCACAAAAUAUGAGUCCUCAGCAUCAGUUACAAGUACAUCAAACAACACAAGACAUGCAUACUCAACAAGAACAAUCCCCGCUAAGAACGCAGAAAUUGAAACAGCUGAAUCAGCAGCAGCUACAUCCACAGCAGCUACAUCCACAGCAGUUACAUCCACAGCAGUUACAUCCACAGCAGUUACAUCCACAGCAGUUACAUCCACAACAGUUAAAUGCGCAGCAGUUAAAUCCGCAGCAGUUAAAUUCACAGCAGUUGCAUCCGCAGCAGUUGCAUCCGCAGCAAUUACAUUCACAGCAAUUACAUUCACAGCAGUUACAACAAAUUCAGAUGCAAAAACUGCAGAUUCAGCAACAGGAAUUGAAAAAGCAUAUGGAACAAAUGCAACAAAAUAUCCCUUUAUCUCCUCAAAAAAUGCAACAAAUGUAUAAUGUGAAACAGAAUAUUAUAUUAAAUGAAGAAAAUAAAAAAAAGAUUAAACAGAGGCAAUUUGCCAUACCUUCAAAUUCUCAAGUUUCUAAUAUACAUCAUUUGCAACAAAUAGGAAACCAAGAUGAACUUAUUUCUAAAGAAAUUUUAAAUAGUAAUAUGAGCGGAAAUAUGGCUGGAUAUAUGAGUGGAAAUAUGACUGGAAGUUUUAGCGCAAAUAUGGCUGGAAACGUUAAUACCAAUUUGAAUGAAAAUGCACUACAUAUGAUAAAUAGAAAAAUGUCAAAUAACCAAAAUAAAUCUAAUAACCAAGACCAAUUUAUUUCGUACGAUUCAUUUCAGCAAGGUCUACCUUUAAACGAAAUUGAUGUAAAAGACAUGAGAAAUGUUGAUAAUAGCGUAAAUGAAAAUAAUAUUUUAUUAAACCCAUCACAACCUAGAGAUAUUUGUAAUAAUAUCCCUCCAUACAUUCUACCUAAUAACGGAACAUCUUUUAUGACCCAGAAUUCCCACUAUAAAAUAAAUCAUAAAAAUAAUAAUAACAAUUCACAGCAGCCAAAUAAUUGUUAG